CUCUGGCUCAGGUGAAAAGUCUUCGGCUGGCGAGCGGAGAGGAGCAGGUAGAGGGGCAGAGGCGUGACUGUCGUCGGGGAGCCGCACGGGGGCUCCUCAGGCUGACCCCAGACCCUGGCUGGCCAGGAUGAAGUAUCUCCGGCACCUGCGGCCCAAUGCCACCCUCAUUCUGGCCAUUGUCGCUUUUACUCUCCUCCUCCUCUUCAGUCUGCAAGUGUCACCACCCACCUGCAAGGUCCAGGAGCAGCCACCGGCGACCCCCAAGGCCCUGGCCUGGCCCACUCCAUCACCCACCCAGCCCGGGCCCGGGUGCCAGGCCAACACCUCUAUGGCCAACCACUCGGACUUCGCCAAGCAGCCGAAGAAUGUUCGGGACUUCCUGCUGUACAAACACUGCCGCGACUUUCCCCUGCUGCUGGACGUGCCCCCUUCUAAGUGCGCGCAGCCGGUUUUCCUGCUGCUGGCGAUCAAGUCCUCCCCCACCAACUAUGAGCGCCGCGAGCUGCUGCGGCGCACGUGGGGCCGCGAGCGCAAGGUGCGGGGUUUGCAGCUGCGCCUCCUCUUCCUCGUGGGCACAGCCCCCGACCCACACCAGGCCCGCAAGGUCAACUGGCUGCUGCAGCUGGAGGCACAGACUCACGGAGACAUCCUGCAGUGGGACUUCCACGACUCCUUCUUCAACCUCACGCUCAAGCAGGUGCUGUUCUUACAGUGGCAGGAGACGAGGUGCACCAAUGCCAGCUUCGUGCUCAACGGCGAUGAUGACGUCUUUGCACACACAGACAACAUGGUCUCCUACCUGCAGGACCAUGACCCUGGCCGCCACCUCUUCGUGGGGCAACUGAUCCGAAACGUGGGCCCCAUCCGGGUUUUGUGGAGCAAGUACUAUGUGCCGAAGGUGGUGACUCAGAAUGAGUGGUACCCACCCUACUGUGCGGGUGGUGGCUUCCUGCUGUCCCGCUUCACUGCCGCUGCCCUUCGCCGUGCCGCUCCUGUCUUGGACCUCUUCCCUAUUGAUGAUGUCUUCCUGGGUAUGUGUCUGGAGCUCGAGGGACUGAAGCCUACCUCCCACAGCGGCAUCCGCACGGCUGGUGUGCAUGCCCCAUCGCAACACCUGUCCUCCUUUGACCCCUGCUUCUACCGAGACCUGCUGCUGGUGCACCGCUUCCUGCCUUAUGAGAUGCUGCUCAUGUGGGAUGCACUGAACCAGCCCAACCUCACCUGCGGCAAACAGACACGGAUCUACUGAGUCAGCAUCAGGGUCCCCAGCCUCUGGGCUCCUAUCCAUAGGAAGGGGUGACACCUUCCUCCCAGGAAGCUGAGACCUUUGUGAUCUGAGCAUAGGUGAGUGCCAGGGACUCACCUGCCUCGGCCUCCCAAAGUGUUGGGAUUAUAGGCAUGAGCCACUACACCAGCCUGAACAGAAUUUAAAUGGGGUGAUAGGGCCAAACACAGUGACUCAUGACUAUAAUUCCAGGGCUUUGGGAGGCCGAGGUGGGAGGAUCACCUGAGCCCAGGAGUUUGAGAC